AUGGAUGCGAUGUGGACUUUCAAUAGUAUCACAACAACGGCGCCGCCCGCCAGACGUCUCUCGCUUCGGCAUGGCGCCUCGGCGGCGGAUAUUAAAGCCUACAUGAGGGACCUCUUCCACGAGCUCGAAACCACGCGGCUCGCUGGCUUCCCGCUCUCCGUCGACGGCUGGCGGCGCCGGACUGCCGGCGCGCCGCGGCUGCAGGACUGCUACAAGAUUGGGCGGGAGCUGGGGCGCGGGCAUUUCGGCGUGGUGCGCGAGUGCGCAGAUGCGCGCACGGGGGAGCGGUUCGCAUGCAAAACCAUUCUCAAGGACCAAAUUCAGCGACCGGAGGAUCUCAAGGAGUUUCGCGCGGAGGUGCUCGUUCCGCUGCUGCUGCAGGCGGAAGCGGAGCGGGCUGCUGAGGCGGCGCGGAAGGGAGAAUCUGGUCCGAGCGCGCCGAAAGCGGCGGGUUUUGUGCGCCUAUACGAGGUUGCGGAGGACGAGUCCGCGCUGCACCUCAUCGUGGAGCACUGCGCGGGGGGGGAUCUCUUCGACCACGUCGCGCGCAACAAGCGCCUGAGGGAGCGCGAGGUUGCGGGGAUCUUCCGCCAGGUCGUCUCCGCCGUGCUGCGCAUGCACGCGUGCGGAAUCGUUCACCGCGACCUCAAGCCCGAAAACAUCUUCCUCCUCCGCGCGCCCUCCGCCAGCUGCGCUUCCGCUACUCUAGCCAGCGCAGCUACCGACGCGACUUCCGCGGAAUGUUCCGCGGAAGUGCGGGUCGGGGACUUCGGGUUGUCGCAGCAGCUGACCCGCGCGCGGCCGCGGCUGCGCGGAUUGGCGGGGAGCCCGUUUUACAUGGCGCCGGAAAUUGUGCGCGGAAAGGAAUACGGCGCGGAGCCCCUGGAGUCCCAGCCCUACCCUCUCCUGCCAUGCCCCUUCCUCCUCCCACUCUCUCACCUUCUCCCAUUACACAACAGCAAUGUCUUCCCAUGCCUCCGCAACUUCCCGUUGUGCCUCACCAUCUAA